CGGUGGGAGCUGUACCCGGGUAGAGCGGCGAUGCUUCUCAGGGCGUAGCUUUCGUCCUGGGGGAAGGGUCCGUGGAAUUUGAAGGGAGGUGGAGGAGAUGGCGGCCUCGGCGCGGGAAGACGGCGCCCGCGGGCAAGCGCAAGGGCGGCGGGGUUGCGAGCACUAUGACAGAGGAUGUCUCCUGAAGGCACCAUGCUGUGACAAGCUUUAUUCUUGCCGGUUGUGUCAUGAUAACAAUGAAGAUCAUCUGCUAGAUCGCUUUAAAGUAAAGGAAGUGCAGUGCAUAAACUGUGAAAAAAUCCAACGUGCACAACAGACUUGUGAAGAAUGUAGCACAUUGUUUGGAGAAUAUUAUUGCAGUAUGUGCCAUCUGUUUGACAAAGACAAGAAACAGUAUCAUUGUGAAAACUGUGGAAUUUGUAGGAUUGGUCCAAAGGAAGAUUUUUUCCACUGUCUGAAAUGUAACUUAUGCCUCACAAUAAAUCUCCAAGGAAAGCACAAGUGUAUUGAAAAUGUUUCCCGGCAGAAUUGUCCAAUAUGUUUGGAGGACAUUCACACAUCCCGUAUUGUUGCUCAUGUCUUGCCAUGUGGACAUCUUUUACACAGAACGUGUUAUGAAGAAAUGUUGAAAGAAGGCUACAGAUGUCCAUUAUGUAUGCACUCUGCUUUAGAUAUGACUAGGUACUGGAGACAGCUGGAUGAUGAGGUAGCACAGACUCCUAUGCCAUCAGAAUAUCAGAACAUGACUGUGGAUAUUCUCUGCAAUGAUUGCAAUGGAAAAUCUACAGUCCAGUUCCAUAUAUUAGGCAUGAAAUGUAAUAUUUGUGAGUCCUACAAUACUGCUCAGUCUGGAGGAUGUAGAAUUUCAGUAGAUCAGCAAUGACCAACCUAUACUGCACUGGACAGCUCAGCAUUUUCUGAUAUAGAAAGAGGCUAUCUUUUUAUCAUGAUUUGUCAGAAUCUGUGCAUUAGAGUUGAUGUGUUUUGUAUUCAUGUCACAGAGUAAAAUCAUAUUACAGGACUUAAGGAUUCAGGGUCUCUUUAUAGAAUUAUCACAGCUCUACAUUGAAUGAAAGCCACCAUGCUUGUGUUUUGAUUGGAAAUUCCUUUGGUGUCAGUUGUUUGGAAGUUAAUGUUUACCAUUGAAAUUCACAUCCAUAGAUGUAUUAUACUUACAUGGAACUUUAUUUUAAGUGACACUGUGCACACAAUUCAUUUCUAGUUCUUGAUAGAACUGUACUUAAUUCUCAGUAUUAUUCUUGACUUUUUUUUUUUUUUUUUUUUGCGGUACGCGGGCC